GCUUCUGAUUUAACCACGCUGUGCUUUGCUAGCAAACCUAAAACCGAAACAUUGGAGCUCUUUAGACCAAUCUUGUGUAUAUUACUCUUAGUGUUUUCAACAUAAUUCUGUUUUCACAUCUACUGGUUCAUUUAAACGUAAUUUGCUUGUUAACUUAGCAAAUGUGUUCCAUUGAUACUGCACUAGGCUAAUCUCCCGGAGCAUAAACUCACUAAUCUAGACGGAGAAAGAAACUGGUGAAAGGAGGCAAAGAAGCUUGAAGAAUGAAUAAGGAGGCGAUCACAUUGAAACAAGAGGAUGAUAUUACAGUGAAAGAGGAAUAUGGGAACGAGGUUGUCAAAGUGGAAAAAGAGGUAGAAGCUUUCAGAAUCAAAAAGGAGGAAGAUGCCGUAAAAUUGAAAGAGGAGGAAGACCCCUUUAGAGUAAAAGAGGAGGAUAUCUCAAUAAAAGAGGAAGACGUUUUGGGAGUGAAAAAUGAGACUGAAGAUCCGAUUACCACCAGAGCGAGACAUGACUAUUGUGGAUCCUCUGGGGAGCCUCAACAACAUCCUGAUGCUGACGAGGAAGAGAAGAGUCUCUACAGAUCAGAACACCAGAUGGACAACGCUAGCCCCUCCUCCCUCCUGGAGUCCCCGUUUCGUACCUCUUCCGGUAGCACCUUACUGCUGGGUAGGAAGAGGUUGUCUGUGCUGCUGGUGGACUGCAGGAAAACAAUGGGGCUGAGUGGAACUGUGAGAGGAGGAGAAGAGAAGAAAGGAUCAGAUUUGACUCAUCAAAAAAUUGGCCAGGAGAGUGACACUGAAGAAAUGGAUGAGGACUCUGUGGGUGACCAGAGUUUUGAUUCCAGCGCAGAAGAAAUGUUUUUGGAAGGAAAGGAUCCACUUUUUGAUCAUCCCAGCGAUUCUGAUUGGGAGCCCAUACUGCCAAGGUGCAAAUCCCCCACUGAAGCUGGUCCAUCCAGCCGGACCCCUGCUGUCUCCGGCCCCACACCUACCCCCGCCCGGCCAUCAAGAGGUGUGAAGCCGGUGACAACAAAGCGGAGGAAGGGAAGUGUGGAACCUGCUGGCAGUGCGGAGGAGGGUCGUUGGCACUCUGUGCUGGAGGAGGAUGUGGCCCCACCACCUCCAAUUUUCAGACCAAAGAGGCCACCAGGUCCUCAGCUGGACAUGAACUCCAAGUACAGCCCCAUGCAACUUUUUCAGUUGUUUUUCACCCCACGAGUUGUUGAUUCCCUGGUGUUGAACACUAAUAAGUACGGAGCUAAGAAGCAGGAAGGCAAGAAAGAGACAUGGAAGCCCAUUUCCAGGUCAGAUCUUUUUUGUUACUUUUCUAUGGUCAUUUACAUGGGUCUUGUGAAGCUAAAAACCCUGAAGGACUACUGGAAAUCUGCACCCCUCUAUCAACUGCCUUUCCCCACCACGGUCAUGUCGUGCAAAAGGUUUCUGACAAUCUCACGGGCGCUUCAUAUCAGUGACCCAGAAGUUGAUAAGGACAACGAGACGAAACGAGGCACGGCAAGGUUUGAUAAGCUCUGCAAAAUUAAACCUCUCUACCUCGACAUCAUUGAGGCCUGCAAUACUUAUUUUCAGCCUGCCCAGAACCUUUCCAUAGAUGAGAGGAUGGUAGCCUCAAAGGCCAGAAAUGGCCUAAAACACUACAUGCCUAACAAACCGACUAAAUGGGACCUGAGGAAGCUGGAUGUGUGGGCCUGUGGCACCAUUCAGACCAACAGAGUGGGCUUUCCGAAAACCAGGGUGAACGACAUGCCUAAGCAGGCUGAGCGGGGUACCAUGAGAUGGAUCCGUGAAGAUGGCCUGCUGUUUGUGAAGUGGAUGGACACCAGAGAGGUGGCGAUGUGCUCCACUAUCCACAAAUCGGAAAUUGCACAAAAUGUAAAUGAGCUUUUGGCUAAAUCUGGUGCUACGCAUCACUUCUGA